GCCGCCCGGCACCUGCCCGCGCGCCCUCGCAGGGCCUGGCCACCUGGGGGGGUCCAUCUCCCACCCGCCGGGUGUGCGGGGCGUGCACCUUGCCAGGACCCCACUGCGCUGGGCCAGGCCUUCCCAGGGUCUGGUUUACAGGAUCCCCUUUCUCGGGAGGGCGGAUCACAGGCGCGCGCGUGGGUGGGGGUGGGGGGUGGAGGGGCCGGUUCCCAGCUCUCGGGGCCUUUCCCGGGGCACCGGGUCCUGCUUCAGUGUGUGACCUGGGCCAGGCCCCCCGCUGCCCUCUUUACCGCAUGACCUAUGUCCCAAGGGUCGUAGAGGACCAAGCAUAAAACUAAGAGAGGAAAACCCCACAAAAGCCCUUUUAAAGAAUGCAGCUGCGAAGGGGGAGGAUGUGCACGGCCUGCAGCCCGCACGCCCCGGGGAGCACCGUGGACCUGGGGGCACAGUACAUCACCCGCUCGCCCCAGCGGGCCGGGCCGCACGCACGGUUUUAUGACGAAUUGCUGGCUCUUGGCCUCUUGGAGCCUCUGACGUCUCCUAUCGAAGGGAUGGUGGUGAAGGAGGGAGAGUGUAAUUUUGUGGCACCUCAAGGAGUUUCUUCAAUUAUUAAGCAUUACUUGAAAGAAUCAGGUGCCGACGUCUGCUUCGGACACCGCGUGACCCGGGUCGACCUGCGAGAUGACAGGUGGGAGGUGUCCACGGAAACGGGUCGCCCUGAGCGGUUUGACCUUGUCGUCCUCACGAUGCCGGCUCCUCGGAUCCUGCAGCUUCAAGGGGACGUGGCCAACUUAAUUAGUGAAUGCCAAAGACGGCAACUGGAGUCUGUGAGCUACUCCUCCCGCUAUGCUCUGGGCCUCUUUUAUGAAGCUGGCACGAAGAUUGAUGUCCCUUGGGCUGGGCAGUACAUCACCAGUAAUCCCUGCAUACGCUUCAUCUCCAUUGAUAAUAAGAAACGCAAUAUAGAGUCGCCCGACGUCGGGCCUUCCCUCGUGGUCCACACCACCGUCCCAUUUGGGGUCAUGCACAUGGAGCGCAGCACCGAGGACGUGCAGGAGCUCAUCCUCCAGCAGCUGGAAACCGUUUUGCCAGGCCUGCCUCGACCAGCGGCCGCCAAAUGCCAGAGGUGGAGACAUUCACAGCGAAAGAAACGAGCGAUGUGGUCCCGGGAACGACUCUUCGGUUGCCUCAGGUGCAACCGUACACGUCCUCAGGUCGUCUUAGCCCGUUAUUUCUCAACGAGAGAUGCGUGCAACGUUCCCCAGGGUUGUGUUCAAAGCAUCGCAAGGCGUCUACACCCUGAAAAUCUGGGGUUUCCUAUGCAGGCAAGGCAGGUUAUAUAUCAAAAUGCAGCUGUUUCUCUGGGGUUUUUUCCUAAAUCAGUACUGUGGUUAUAUAGAAACCACUGGAACCUCCCAAAUUUUUUUGCAAUAUGUCAAAGUAACCUUGUAAGUAUAUUUUGCUACCACAAUUUUCAUUUUUAUUAAGUUCCCACUUUGGUUUUGACUGCCGCUGGCAAAGCUCCUUGGGAGACAAAGAUGAAUAUGUGUAUAAUUCAGCUACUUGAGCUGUUUUUCUGGGUUAGAUAAACCUGCUGAUUGCUCUCCUCGCUCAGACUUUGAGCUCUUUACACUAAGUAAAUGUUGACUUUUCUGAAAAUCUCUGCAUAUUCCAGCAGAAGUUUGUGGGUAUUUGUAGAAAAAGUCUUUUGAUCUGUAAACUUCGCCGUAAAGCCAUCUGGGGCCAGAGGAGCAAAGGGCAGAAGGAGAAAAUCAGCGGCGACCUGUCUAUUUUUUCCCAAGAUUUCCGAGCCCGUUGGUUGACCGAAGUAUCGGCACAGCCGGUUACCCAACUUGGGAAGCCUUUUAAAAAGAUGGUAUUGUGAGAAAUUGCAGCAGAUUUUGUAUAUUUUACAGGGCUUCCCAAAAUCAGAGGAAAUGGCAAAUUAUUUCCUAAAAUACUGCGGCAUGUCUGUGUGUUUACCCGCGUCUUCUCAAGUUCAAUUAUACAGUGAACCUUUGGGGAAAAUAUUUACUUAAACGUAUCAUGGUCACUUUGGAAGACUUCACUUUUUCCUUUUAAAAGCAUUGAAAAAUCUCAUAGCUAAUGUCCUUAAGUGCUACUUAACUCAAUUUUAGGUUGGCUUGAAAAAGAAGACGGGGAAAUCAUCCCGUCGAUAUAAUUUGAAGCUAGAUGUAUUACGCAGCAAGUCAUUUUGCAAUUUAUAAAUAUUCCUUUAAAAGAAACAACAGUUUGUGAGUUUCUUCUUGUGACUUCCGCAAAGUAAGUUAAUAAACUGAAAAGAUGGGUCUUAUUUCUUCAAAUU